GGACCGAUAGCAUCAUGGAAUUGAUCAUCCUCUCAGCCUUCAUCGUGGCAUGUUCCGCGGGAGCCCUCCCCAACUACCUCCCUCCUCAGUUCAGAACCGCCCCGACCUACUACCAGGAAUCCGCCCGGCCAAGAGCAGCUUUUGAACGAAACGCCGCCAUCUUGAGAUCAGUCAACGACGGGAACGAGUAUGGAUACCGAUUCGCUUACGAGACUGAAAAUGGUAUCCAAGCCGAGGAAUCCGGUCAAGAAGCCAACGGUAUCCAAGCUCAAGGCAGUUACUCAUACACCGGAGACGAUGGCCAGGUCUACAGCGUGAGGUACACAGCUGGCGCCAACGGCUUCCAGGCCGAAGGAGGCCAUCUGCCUACCCCCCCACCACUACCUGAAGCGAUAGCCAAGGCUUUACAGGAGAAUGCCCGUGAUGAAGCUAAUGGCGUCUUUGAUGAUGGAAGCUACCACGACGGUAAAUACGAGAACUCGGGCUCCGGAGUGGUACUUGCGCGUGCGCAGUACCAACCUUCCAGACAGUACCUCGCUCCAGGGUUCAGACAAGGAUACCGCUAUUGA